CGUCAAACGAUCGCUUGUGGCUGUUUGUGUUUUGCGUAAACAAAUUGGACGUUUUUCUAAAAUAAUCUGAGAAAAACUAUACAAUUGUUAACCUUUAACGCAAAGCGGUGAACCUUUGAUCUAAUAUUAGAUGACUCUCGGACGAAAAUACCUCAAUUGUUCCGGGAAUGCGGGGGAUGCUCGUAAAGUGUAUGCUAGCCAGUCGAAGGCUGGGACUCUGUCUGGGUGCUCUUCUUCUAUAUCACUCUCCGAUAUGAUCGAGCCGCCAGACUACGAGGAGGUAUGCGACCGUCUGAUGGGGGAGCGGGACCCGCUCGCGUACCCCGCCAGCGACAUCGAGCUGCUGACUGUGCCGCGCCGCAUCCGCACCCGGGGACACGUGCUGCCCCAGGAGGAUCUGAUGAAAGCACCGAUGUUCGUCCGCGACUGCAUAAGUUGCUACACGUCAGAUUAUACUGUAGUGGAGUACAAAUACCGCACGCACUCUGGCUCGGCGAGCGGUCGCGAGCGGCUCGCCGAACGGCUCGAGAAGCUGCUCGCUGCUCCGCUACAGCACUAUGAGAUUGACGCGGAACAUUCCACUUCUAUGGAGGAGCUGGCUUCACAGGCUCAGUUCAGUGAAUCUCAACCGUCAAGCGGUCGUCAGUCAGUGGCGUCUAUAUCCUCAUCGUCAUCAUGUAACGAGACUCUCACCCCGCGAGGAUCCUGGGCCAGCCUGGACCUUCGAAGUUCUUCAUCUGAUCCUCUGCUUCCCGAUGUUUUCGAGAAGAAACCUCCCGACCAGGUCGACGCUACUAAUGAAGCUAAACGAAAAGAUUUCUGUUUAUUUGGAGCAAGUGAUGCAAAUUUUGCCCUGGAGAAUCGUCAAGCAGAUUUGUUAGGGCUCUAUGCACCGUACUUGGACGAGGAAGAAGCGGUUGAGCGGCGCUUGGCAGCCGAAAUGCCAUGCGAACUCAUGGGCCACAGAAUUAUGGUCCAAUGUCAUCAGGUCAAAUUAGAACUGGAUGUCGAGCCACUCUUCGCCUCGAUGGCCCUUUACGAUGCUAAAGAAAAGAAAAAGCUCUCGGAAAACUUCUAUUUCAACCUGAACUCGGAAUGUACGAGACAGAUGCUCUCGACUCACAUUCCCCAUGCCGAUCUGUCCACGUUGAGUCGGAGUGCCGUGUUCGAUAUACUGAACCCUUCCCCGGACGUAUUUCUGGUGGUCAGGGUCGAGAAGGUUCUGCAGGGUGACGUCAAUGAGUGCGUCGAGCCUUACAUUAAGGAUGACAAGAAUCGCGAAAAAGUGCGUGCGGGUGCUCAGGCGGCUUGUUCUCGCCUGGGUCGGUACCGGAUGCCUCUAGCGUGGAGUGCCGUGUCGCUGCUGAACAUCCUCAGCGGCUCCAAUAGUCUGGAGCGCGACGCGCAACCGCAGGACCCGCCUGCAUCCACAUCUAAUACUAACAGUCUUGAUCGCAAAGCGUCAUCCAGUAGUCUAGAACAAUUACGCCGUCGUGCGGGAGAAGUAGGCGGUUCUUUGACACGCAAAGGUUCCAUAGAGAGGCGGGCCACGGCCACGCCUCAUGCGGACGAUGUGGUGACCCAUCUGGACAACUUUAAACCUAUCGUUAUCACUGUUACCAGCUUCUUUAAGCAAGAGACAGACAAACUCCGAGAUGAAGACCUCUACAAAUUCCUCGCUGAGAUCAAACGACCUAGUUCAGCGCCCAAAAAACUUAAAUGCAUUCCUGGAACACUGAAGAUCGAAGUCUCGCCUUGUCCCGAUGAGAUCAAGAACGGACUCACACCGGAGCUGGCUAAGCUUGCGCCUUUUAGUGAAGAGAACGUGCGUCCGUGUAAGGAAAUUCUGCCAUUUCCUCUAGUAGCGCCCGCACUGCCGCACGUACAGUAUCGAAACCUGUUGUUCCUGAACGUGCGCGAACUCAACCUAUCGGCGUAUGCGUCCCGUACCGCCUCAGCUAGGAACAUUACUGUGAGAGUUCAACUGAUGGCCGGUGAAGAGCAAUCCGCAGCUCUGCCCGCGAUAUUUGGACGAAGCUCUUGUCCAGAGUUCAGUACGGAGGCUUACACUACUGUGCUGUAUCAUAAUAAAAAUCCAUCUUUAUACGAUGAGAUCAAACUGAAGCUGCCAGCGGAUCUCGGCGACCAGCACCACCUGCUGUUCACAUUCCUCCACGUGUCGUGCCAACGCAAGCCCGUGGCUCCCGAGCAGGAGAAAAGUGUCGAGACUACGCUGGGAUACUCGUGGCUCCCUCUGUGCCGUAACGGCAAGCUGACCUGCGGCGAGUUCAACCUGCCCGUUAUGCAGGAAGAGCCGCCGGCGAACUACUCCUACAUCUUCCCGGAGGUGCUGUUACCCGGGACGAGGUGGAUAGACAACCACAAACCGAUAUUUAACAUCACCCUGGACGCCUACACUACCGUGCAUCCCCAAGAUGGUUAUAUCGAGAGAUUCGUGAUGGCAUGCGAGGCGGUGCAAGAGGGGAACAUUCCGCCGAGAAUCGGCCUCGCCAACAUGGAAACUGAACUGAGAGCUAGUAUAUCGGAACUGCCGACCGCGAACGUGGAAGCUUUGGCGCGUUACCUGCCCGUGGUUGCGGACAAGUUGCUCCAGCUACUGGUGGCGCCGCCCGCACUCGCCGGCGUCACGCUCAACAUCGCGCAGGACGUGUUCACGUGCCUUGCGCAUCUCUUCACUGAUAUCACUAAUAUGAACGACGGUGCCACUUGCGACGCGCACGGACGUAGCGGGCUCAUCACCAGCUACAUUCAAUACCAGUGCCGCAUCCCAAGACCCUCGCUCUCUGAUAGAGAUAUUGGCCUACCACUUCCACCUUCUGUUCUGAUGGACGGCUCAUGCAAGAUCCUACACGAAGAAUUGGCGCUGCAGUGGGUCGUAGCAAGCGGCGCCACCAGAGACUUGGCCAUGCAGAAUUCUUGGGCCUUAUUCGAAUUAAUGAUCAAAUCUAUGGUGGAGUACCUAUACUGGAGCGGGGCACACGAAGCGCCUCGCAAAGCUCGCUUCCCCGACCAGUUUACGGAUGACCUCAGCACCCUUGUUAACAACGUCACGGCAGAAAUAAUUUCCAAAUACGGCAAGAACAGUCGCCUAACCCAAAGUUUGAACAACAGCCUAGCCUUCUUCCUAUUCGACUUGCUGAGUAUUGUGGACCGUGGAUAUGUCUUCAACCUCGUCCGCGGCUACCACAAGCAGAUGUGCGCCAAGAUUGCCUCCCUACCGGACGCCGUACCCCUCGUACAUUAUAAGCUAUCGUUUCUCCGUAUCAUAUGUUCUCACGAACACUAUGUCUCGCUGUGCCUGCCGGGCGGGGCUCCCGGGGCGGUGUCCCCGGCCCCAUCGGCGAGGUCCGGGGGCUCCGAAGACGGCCGACGCAAGGCCGUGUCGCUGUCCGGGGAGUACCGCUCCCGACAUUACCUGGCCGGGCUACUGCUGGCCGAUCUCACCGCUGCUCUCGAACUGCAGAGCCCAGUGCUGCAAUGCGCAGCGGUUAACGCAGUACUGUCUUUACUCACCGCUCACGACGCAGACCCUCGUCUCUCCCAACCGGAUGUAAAAGCGAGGGUGGCCGCCCUUUACAUGCCCCUUCUUGGAAUCGUUAUGGACGCUCAGCCACAGCUGUAUCGAGGAUUUGAUAGUGGAAAAGAAACACUCCAACUAGAUGGCGAAAUGAGUCAAUUUGGAAGUAUGUACGCGCCACCUUCACCCGAAGACUUUAAACAGAACGGCCGACCCCCAUUCAAUAGUGAAACGAGUCGGAACCUGCUAAUGUGUUUGGUCUGGCUGCUGAAAUGGAGCGACCGCGGUGCGUUGGCCGCCGCCGUGGCGGAACUGCCGCCAGCAAGGUUGCAUUGUUUGCUAGCACUGAUCGACCUUUGCUUCAAAUGUCAGGAGUAUAAGGGCCGCAAAGAAAUACUGAAGUGCGCACAACAAAAUGUCCGCAAAACAACAGAUAUCAAAGCAAAAUUAGAGGACGUCAUCUUGGGACAGGGUUCCGCCCGUUCUGACUUUAUUAUGCGACGCAAAGGCGGGUCAAGCGGUCGCGGAGGCGCGGGGCGCGAUCGGUGGCGCAAGGAAUGGGUGCGCGGCGCGUCGCGGUCGCGGCCCGCGUCGCCCGCACGGCCGCAACCCGCUCUGUCCGCCGCACUGGCGGCCGAAGUCGCUCUUACGUUGCUGCACGCUAUUGAGACUAUCGUACAGUCGUGCAGUGGAUUAGAAGGAGGGCAACAAGCCUGUAGCGGAGCCCUGGCCGUUUUGUUGCGUGCACUGCAACGGAACCAAAGCGCUACUGUGCUGCAACACAUGUUCGCUUCAGUUCGUGCGUUGAUCCUCAAGCUGGGUUGGUCGUGGUGCUCAGAAGAGGCCGGUCCUGGUACGUGCCGGGUGCUAUUGCGGCACUGCGCCGCGCUGUGUGCGAGCACGCGCGCGCACGCGGCCGCCGCACUGUACGCACUCAUGCGUCACCAUUACCAUCUUGGCAACAACUUCAGCCGCGUAAAGAUGCAAGUGACCAUGUCACUGUCAUCACUGGUUGGCACCUCAACCACUUUCAGCGAAGAGUCACUUCGGCGGGCGCUAAAGACAGUCCUGAUGUACGCCGAACAUGACCAAGAUUUGCAGGACACCAACUUUCCUGAGCAGGUAAAAGACCUCGUGUUCAACCUCCACAUGAUCCUGAGCGAUACAGUCAAGAUGAAGGAAUUCCAGGAAGAUCCCGAAAUGUUGCUAGACCUCAUGCACCGCAUAGCGCGCGGCUACCAACACAGUCCCGACCUGAGACUGACUUGGCUCAGUAACAUGGCUCAAAAACACAUGGAGCGGUCGAACCACUUGGAGGCCGGCAUGUGCUUGGUGCACGGCGCCGCGCUCGUGGCGGAACAGUUGCGGUCCGGCGGCCGAGGCGCCGCCCUGCUGCAGAGGGUAACGCAUAACGCUCUCGACGAGAGCUGCGCGGACCCGCUGCACCACCACCUCACCGCCAACGAGUUGCAGGCUCUCCUGGAACACGCUGCCGGCGAGCUGAUGACGGCGGGCAUGUACGAGACCGUCAACGAGGUGUACAAGGUGCUCAUACCCAUUGCGGAGGACAACCGCGACUAUAAGAAGCUCGCCAACAUACACGGCAAACUGAACGAGGCGUUCACCCGUAUAGAACAACUGCACGGCAAGCGCAUAUUCGGCACGUACUUCCGCGUGUCGUUUUACGGCGCGCGCUUCGGCGACCUCGACGGCGAGGAGUUCGUGUACAAGGAGCACGCGCUCACUAAGCUGCCGGAAAUAUUCAGCCGCCUCGAGAACUUCUACGGGCAGCGUUUCGGCGCGGAGAACGUCGUGAUAAUCAAGGACUCCAACGUGGUGGACGUGAGCUCGCUGGAGCCGGACAAGGCGUACAUACAGAUCACGUACGUGGAGCCGUAUUUCGAGCCGCACGAGCUGCGCACGCGCCUCACGCACUACGAGCGGAACUACAACAUCAAGCGUUUUAUGUACGCGACGCCGUUCACGGCCGGCGGCCGCGCGCACGGUGAACUAGGCGAGCAGUGUAAGCGGAAGACGCUGCUCACCACUGCUCAUCAUUUCCCCUACGUCAAGACCAGGAUACAGGUAGUGCAACGCACACAAAUCAUAUUGACACCUAUCGAGGUAGCCAUUGAAGACAUACAAAAGAAGAUCCAUGAAUUAGCAGCGGCGACCAGUCAAGAGCCGCCGGAUCCUAAAAUGCUCCAGAUGGUACUACAAGGUUGCAUCGGCACUACAGUCAACCAGGGUCCGCUGGAAUUGGCACAGGUAUUCCUGGCUCCGGUAGUGGAGGGCGCGCAGCCGCCCACCAGACUCACGAACAAGCUCAGGCUAGCGUUUAAAGACUUCUCCAAAAAGUGCCACGACGCGCUGCGCAAGAACAAGAACCUGAUCAGCAGCGAGCAGCGCGAGUACCAGCGCGAGCUGGAGCGCAACUUCCAGCGGUUCACGGACAGACUGGCGCCGCUCAUCCACGCCACGCCGUCGCACGUGGCGCACCUCACAAACGGCAUGAGCAAAGUGGACUACAAAUUGCAAGCUUAAUACUCAGCUACGGUAAAGACUAUGACUGCGAAACUCCAUGACAAAAAGAAAACAAAAAAGUAUUGAUUAAAUUAGAUUGACAACUUUUAUUUGUACAUUUCGUAUUUUUAAUGUAUUAUCAGAAUUUAUUAUUGCAUUUAUUCUGUAGCACUUAGUAUUAAGAAUACAAAAUAUAUUGUGUAAUGUUUUAAUUCGUAGAAUUUAUUUAGGUUUUUUGCAGUGGCGUGCACUUCAUGCAUGCACAAAAGCACUGCAUACCAAAAUCAUUUUACAUAAGUCGUAUUGGAGGGGAAUUUUUGCCGUUUCAUGCAAUUCUCCCACUGUAUGCAAACCCUGGUAAGAAGCCCAGUGCACGCCUCUGGUUUUUUUGAGGCGUUCAUUGAUUACGUUAGGUUUUUUUUUGUUUUAAUUUAGUCCGCCUGCCUCAAAUCGUACCGUAGGGUAACCCACGAAAAUAUUUGCUAAUUUGAUGUUCUGUGAUAAACGACUAAGACACCGGAAGGCAUCUUUGCAUUGUUCGAGUCCAUGUAGGACUGCGGUGCAUCGAUAAUGCAGUCGUAUUUAUACCCAAAU